GUCGUUUUAAUUACAGUUUCCUAUAAGAGAGGGAGUCAGAGACUAGACACAGGAGAGUAAGGGAGGGUCACUGAAGGAUUGUAGUCUGGCAUCUGGGUAUUACAUAUCUGGAUUUACAGUACUCAGGAGAAAUGACUUUUCAACCUACAAGUGUCCCAGACUUCAACACCACAGCUUUCUAUAGAGACCAAAACCACACCAAUGCCACUGAUUGUCCUGAUCCAUACGACUGGGAGUGGCUCCACACCAGUCAGCCUGUGUACAUCCUGCUCAUCACUGUGCUGGGAAUCGUGUUUAAUGUGUUUGUCCUGAUAGUUUUCUGCUUCCACAAGAAUGCCUGCACCGUGGCUGAGAUCUAUUUGAGCAACCUGGCUGCUGCUGACCUCGUCCUGGUGUCCUGUUUGCCUUUCUGGGCUGUUUACACAUCCAACGGUUUCGAUUGGCCUUUCGGUCUGUUCCUGUGCAAAGUCGUCAACCUGGGAAUUAAGAUAAAUGCCUACAGUAGCAUCUACUUUCUUGUUCUGGUUAGCAUAGAUCGCUAUGUGGCACUGGUGCAUACAAUGUCCCAUGGCAGAAUGCGUAGGCCAAAGUAUGCAAAACUGGGUUGUUCGCUGAUUUGGGGGUUCAGCUUGAUCUUGAGCAUCCCCGUGCUCAUCUUCAGGGAAGUGAAAUAUUUUCCUGAGUAUGGUGUUCAUGCAUGCUUUCUGCGCUACCCAACACAAACUGUAGAACUGCUUUUUGAUGGGAUGUUGGUCAUUUUUAGCUUCAUCGUCCCAAUUUCGACUAUCUCAUUCUGCACUGUCAAGAUUAUUCAGGCUUUAAAGAAUCAGGCAAUAGAGAAAUUCAGUGCUAUGAAAAGAGAAAGUAAGGCCACCACGCUGAUGUUGGCGGUCCUCAUAGCAUUUCUUAUCUGCUGGGUGCCAUUCCACGUGGUCACCACAUUAGAUGUGCUCUUAAAGGCUGAAGUCCUGGGAGGGUGUCACUUUGUGUCUGUCAUAGAAAUCUGCAAUCAGAUCUUCACAUACUUAGCCUUCUUCAACAGUGUUCUCAACCCCAUCCUCUACGUCUUGGUAGGAAAGAACUUCCGGAAAAAAGUGUCUGAACUCUUCAAGCAGUGGAACAUUAGGAAAAUUGUGACCUCUGAGUCCUCACGUUCAACAAACCUGUCCUCUACACUGAAGACUUUUGUAUAAAAAAGACUGCUUUCAAAACUGUUCCCCCGCAAUAAAAGACUUUGCAGAAAGAUGACUGUGGUGGACAGGCAUUUAAUAUUCUUGGCAAAUGUAGAAGAUUUCAAUGAUAAGCUAAAUUCAAUUAUUAGUGGAUGUAAUUGUGUAGUAACGGUUCUCAAAUCAAUCUUUGACUUGACGUUUUCUAAAAAAGAUAAACUUGCUUUGAUUAUCUUUAAUGAAUGUGGUGAUAUGUGGAGGGCCAUACAAGGUUUGACUUUUUUA